AUGCGCUUUGACAACGCCGCACCACCACCACCACCACCGCCGGAGGCGGCAGGAUCGACUACCACGAGCUCUUCGACGGCCGCGUCGGCGCUGCCGCGUGUGUCGUACCGCACGCUGCCCUCGAGUAUGUACCCCAAGGAGGUCAGCUCCGACUUCAUUCCCUUCCCACUGCCAAAGCACGACGCAUCUAUGGGCUUUGGUCCGGUACGCCUGCGCAACGUGCCGGACAUCGAAGAGGCUCGAGCGCGCAUGGCCAAGGCAGCGCAGGGCCCACCGCGAGGAAGUGCGUCUACGCAGCUCCAGGAUGCCGACGGCGACAACGCCGAAGCGGCGUCGGCCUUGUGGGCAGAGCUGAGCGGCGAAACCACGGCGACAUCCGUUGGUCUCUCCACCACUUCAGUCACAGGGGCGUCGCCAGAGGAUCCGGAAGCGCUGUCACGUCCGCCGGAUGCGCAGGAUGAAGACCUGGUCGGCUAUCAUGUCCACCGGCACUUUCCGCUGCUCGAUGUGCUGGGGUGCGACCGAAGCGUAAAUGACCUUCUUGCGCAGUUUUGGAACCGCCCACAGCGCGAGGCGAGGACGGCGACAGUGCUCGACUUUGCCGCGACGCUGCAGCGCCAUAGCAACGAGGAACUCACACGCGUCCUCUACGAACUGAGCUCUCUCUUCGAGUGGGACGGUAAUGGGCUUCAGUUCAUUGCUGCCAAGGUGCUCAAGUAUGGUCGCAGCUACACUGUGUCGAGCGAGUUGACGAAGGCGUUUGUCCAGUUGGUGGACGCGAUGACGGUGGCGUUUGUUGAGGAGCAGCCACACCGCCUGGCGGAGUCGCCUGCGUUGCUGGCACAGGUGCUCCACUUUCUGGCACUGGUAAAGAUCAUGGAGCCGAAUAAAUGGUACACGCUAAACCCCAACGCGCCGCAGAAUCGCGCCGACUACACGCACCCGCGCGGCGUGAAUCGGACGUGUGGUCACGUGACUACGGGCCGCGCGCUGCUCGACUUCCUCGAGGACAUGGUCACCAGUGGGCACAACUGGACGGGUGAGGCUGCCGUCGAUGACCAACAGGGCAGCCUGGCGCGCUCUCCCGUACCGCAGCACGCAACAAAUCGUUUCACCGAAGGAUGGUCGGAGGACGACAUCCUUGAUGUUAUGGCGGGAUUCUCAGGCGUCAUGCCCGAUGGCAAGGCGUCGUCACCCGUCUUGUAUGCACUGCUGGAUGAGCUGUGGAUGCGCUGGUCUAAGGUGGGUUUUGUGCUGUCUGGGUCUGAGCAGGCGGUGCGACUUGAGCGUUUGUACAUGUUGUUGCAAGUAAUGGACAUGCAGCGCGACGCCGUGCUGGACGCACUGCUUGGUGGGCAGCUCAGGGCUCAUAGCACGGCACCAUCCACAUCGACGUUGCCAACGCUGUUUUGCGAGCGCGACGACACCCCACCGCUAACGUUGGCGCAGUCUCUUACACAAACGCGCGGGCCAGAUUUCUUCUCGGCUGUCUCGCGCGACAAGCGGGCGAUGGUCAAGGCAGCCGCCUUGCGGCUUCUCACGGCGAGCUUGGCGAAGGCGCGCGACGAUAGCGAUGCGGUGCUGCACCAGGCCCUCGUCGAGAGCGGUACAGAACUGCUGCAGAGUUUGACGUCCAAGUCAGCAGCGCUGUCGUUUGCGCAGAGAGAGCAGUUUGACGUGAUCACGCUGAGGGCGGUGCCGCACAUGGCGGACGUGGCAGAGCGGCUCGCCGAGCAGCGCGCCGAGGCACCGUUCUUUCCGCUUACUGCGUCCGCAGGUGGUCUUCCCGACACCGCUGCCGUGCUUGCCCACCUCAGUUCUCAUCCUGCGCCGUACAUUGUUCUCUGCAAGGGUCGUCGUGUCCACCCAGUGCGAACCUUGGUGUCGAAUCUGGACCACGUAGCUGCCGUGGAGAACGUCUUCCUACUGCACUCCAGCGGCGUUUCAAAGUGCGUUGACGCCCUCGUCGCCGUCGCCCGGCGCCUGCGUAGCGGCAAGGAUGCGCUGAUCGUCACGGCCAGCUGUCUGCGGGCGCUGCAAGCGGCCGCCCAGUACGGAGCGACGGAGAAGCGCCGCGCGACAGCUGACCGUGCGCUGGAUAUUGUUUCCUAUGAGCUGGAGGCAGGCCGGGCCAUACUCAUGCCAGUCACUGACGAGCUGUACCUGCACGACGCCGGUACAUAUUGCGAUGAGGACCUCAUGCUGUGGACUCUGGCCGCCUACUUGGCGCGAGACGUGCCCCUUGUGAAGGUGCACACGAUCAUGAGUAGCCGCAGCAGAGCACGAAACCCCCAGCACGCACUGCGAGGCGAGCACAGCCCUCUCACAUCGACAGAUGACCUGUACAACAAGUCGACGCCGCUUCUACAAGCGCUGAGAAGCAAGGAGCUGCGCGCUGUCACGCACCACCCGGUCGUGCAGCGUCCAGUGCGGGAUCCCCCGCAAACACUCUACAAUGUCAACCCAAUCCGUGCCCGCUUUGUGUACCGGCGAGACAAGGCAUUGUUUGACAAGUACCAUGUCACAGCGCGCAACCUAGCGCCUGGGUUCAGCCAAGGUGCACUGAACAGCGACCUGCGUGCGCUUGGUUUCUACACCCCCGACCAUCCACAAGUCCCUUACACGCCUUUGUCGGAGUUGAAGUGCCACCCAGUGCCUGCCAACCCGCCUGCCUCACAGUGA